CGCCCACACGCCUCUUCACUCGUCACUCCCUCUCCUUUUUUUGAGUUUUCUUCCAUUUCCAAACAAACCAAUUCACUCAAUUCUGAUUUUUCUGUAUAAAGACAAUCAUUAGAUUCUGAUUGGCAUCCAAGAAUCGUCCUUUAUGUAUAUGCAGAGUGAUUGUUGUUUGUGAUUUGGAUAGUUGCUGUGCAGAUUUCCGGUGAUUGAAUUGGUGUGGUGCAUAAAAAUAAUGGAAAAUGGGGUUAUAGAAUUUGAUGUUGGUUUAGGCGGGGGAGAUGAUGGGAUUGAUAUUGAGCCCUCGAAUGAUGAUGUUGACAUGCCUGAUGGAUCAUCGAAUGAUGCUAAUUCUCUCGGCAGUGGUAGUGGGGAGACCUCUUUCAGUGUUGGGGUUUACAUUCCGGAGGGGGAUCAUGAUCUCGAGCCGUGUGAGGGGAUGGAAUUCGAGUCGGAGGAGGCUGCGAAGGCGUUUUAUAACUCGUACGCGAGGAGGGUUGGGUUCAGCACUCGUGUGAGCUCCUCGCGCCGCUCUAGGAAGGAUGGGGCGAUCAUACAGCGGUCGUUUGUGUGUGCGAAGGAGGGGUUUAGGAAUUUGAAUGAGAAGAGGACUAUGGAUAGGGAGAUCAAGAGGCCGAGGACUGUGACUCGUGUGGGGUGUAAGGCGUCCCUGUCUGUUAAGAUACAGGAGUCGGGGAAGUGGUUGGUGUCGGGGUUUGUGAAGGAGCAUAAUCAUGAUCUGGUGCCGCCUGAUCAGGUGCAUUGCCUCCGUUCCCAUCGCCAAAUCUCUGGCCCUGCAAAGACUUUGAUCGACACGUUGCAGGCUGCUGGGAUGGGACCGCGUAGGAUAAUGUCUGUGCUCAUUAAGGAGUAUGGCGGGAUUAGUAGAGUCGGGUUCACAGAGGUGGAUUGUAGGAAUUAUAUGAGAAACAGUAGGCAGAGGAACAUGGAGGGUGAUAUUCAGCUGCUUUUGGAUUAUUUGAAACAGAAGCAGGCUGAGAAUCUUAACUUUUUCUAUGCAGUGCAAGGGGAUGAGGAUCAGUACACCGGUAAUGUGUUUUGGGCUGAUCCAAAGUCGCGAUCUGACUACAGCCAUUUCGGAGAUACUGUUACGUUUGACACCACGUACAGGUCGAAUAGGUAUAGAUUGCCUUUUGCGCCCUUCACGGGGCUGAAUCACCAUGGACAGCCUGUCCUGUUUGGUUGUGCUUUCCUAAUGAAUGAAUCAGAGGCUUCCUUUGUGUGGCUAUUCAAAACUUGGCUGGAGGCUAUGUCUGGCCGCUCUCCGGUAUCAAUCACCACAGAGCAUGAUGGUGUGAUUCGCUCCGCCAUCACACAGGUCUUCCCAAACACUCGCCACCGGUUCUGCAAAUGGCAUAUGUUCAAGCAAUGCCAGGAGAAGUUGUCUCAUGUGUUGCUACAGCAUCCUCAGUUCGAAGCUGCUUUCUACAAGUCUGUGAACAUGUCUGAAAGCACCGAUGAAUUUGAAUCGUGCUGGCAUUCCCUUGCGGAUAAAUAUGACCUCAGAGAUCAUAAGUGGCUUCAAGCCAUCUAUGAGGAUCGGAAACAGUGGGUCCCUGUGUAUCUACGCGAUACUUUCUUUGCUGAAAUGUCAGUCACUCAGAGAAGUGACAGUAUGAAUUCUUACUUUGAUGGGUAUGUGAAUGCAUCAACCAAUUUGAAUCAGUUCUUUAAGUUGUAUGAAAAGGCGUUAGAGAGCCGCCAUGAGAAAGAAGUUAAGGCGGAUUUUGAUACUAUGAACGCAUCACCUGUUCUGAAAACUCCUUCCCCAAUGGAGAAACAGGUGUCAGAAUUUUACACGAGAAAAAUAUUCGCAAGAUUCCAAGAGGAGUUGGUUAGUACUCUCACUUUUAUGGCAUUGAAAGUGGACGACGACGAAGAAGUAAUAAGUUAUCAAGUAUCAAAAUAUGGGGAAGAACACAGAGCUUAUCAUGUGAAGUUCAAUGUUCUUGAAAUGAGAGCUACUUGUAGCUGCCAGAUGUUUGAGUUCUCGGGACUUCUUUGCAGACAUGUAUUGGCUGUUUUCAGAGUGACUAACGUACUUACGCUUCCAUCUCAUUACAUCUUAAAGAGAUGGACAAGAAACGCGAAGAGUAGUGUUACACUGGAAGAACGAGUCAGUGACCCAUACCAGAGUUAUUUGGAAUCCCACACUGUUAGAUAUAACACACUUCGGCAUGAGGCCUUCAAAUUUGUGGAGGAAGGAGCAGAGUCCGUAGAUUCCUAUAAUGUCGCUAUGGCUGCUUUGGUAGAGGCUUCAAACAAAGUUGCUCUUGGGUUAAAGAGUGAGGGGAAGUCAUCUUUGACCAAUGAUCGAAUGAGGGAUGUCUCAGCACGGAUUGGAAUUCAGGCGAAUCAAUGCACUGCGGAAGUGCCAGGGAGCUCGGGCCAACAACUGUCUGAGGAUGACAUGGAUCGGAAGAUUAACGAGCUUUCUGUUGACCUGGAGCGUGCCAACCGCAAGUGUGAAGUAUACCGCACAAAUCUCCUCUCGCUUAUGAAGGAUGUAGAGGACCAUAAGCAGCGUUUAUCCGUUGAAGUCCAAAACAUAAAGCUGAGCUUGAAAGAUAGCCUAUAAGAAUGCUUUCCUAGUUUGCAUUGAUCAGAAAAGAAUCUGUCGACUCGUCUUGGGAGCACGAUCCUGCAACGAAGUAGUUAGAACUCUAGCAACUAGAAGCCAUUUUCUGUCUUUAGAAUUUGUUGAUGCUGCUUAUAUAUAGGAUUUCAUAAGUUGCUGUCUGAUGUCAAAUGAUUUAUCAGCAGCUAAUCAACCAUUAUUUAGUUAGUGCAGCAAAUGAUUAAACAUUGAUUUAGUGUAUAUAAUUUGUGUCCAAGUGCACAGUUGAAAUGCUUAUAAGUCUGGUGGUUUACCUCAGCAA